AUGGUAGGCCUCGCAGAACACCAGUCCGUCCUCCCCAACCUCCGCGACAUCGGCAACAUCCCCAUCCCGCCGCCGGGCAGCACAUCCUCGCCCUCGCCCUCGCCCUCGCCGCCGAACCCCCGAACCACACGGCCAGGCCUGCUCUACCGCUCCGCCGCACCGACCGCCGGCGCCGUCCCGGCCCUGCAGACCCUCCGCGUCACGCACGUCUUCGACCUCCGGUCCGACGUCGAGGUGUCGCGCGCGGGGGGGCCCUCGGCGGCCGACGCCUGCUCGCAGUCGCCCCCGGCCCUGUCGCGCGUCCACGUCCCCGUCUUCCGGCGCGUCGACUACACCCCCGAGGCCAUCGCCCUGCGGUACCAGGACUACGCCGCCGCCGACACCACGGCCGGCUUCGUCUCGGCGUACCGCGGCAUCCUGAGCGCCGGCGGCGAGCGCGCCUUCGCCCCGAUCCUGCGGCACCUCGCGCGCGACGAGCCCACGCCGUGCCUGGUGCACUGCACCGCCGGCAAGGACCGCACCGGCCUGGUCUGCGCCAUUGUGCUGUCGCUGUGCGGCGUCGACGACGACACCAUUGCCUGGGAGUACGGCCUGACCGAGGAGGGGCUGGCGCCGCUCAAGAAGGGCAUCAUGCAGCGCCUGAUGAGUGCCGAGGGGGUCACGGUCGACGAGGCCGGCGCCUGGAGGAUGCUGAGUUCCCGGCCCGAGAGCAUGCUUGCUACGCUCAAGGUCAUGAGGGAGGAGUACGGCUCGGUGGAGGAAUACGUCCUCAACGAGUGCCGCGUGUCGCCCGACGAGAUUGAGCGGCUGCGGCGGAAUUUCAUCGUCGAGCCGCAGAACGGUGGUGUCCUGGACGCCGAGCGUGCGGUAUUAUGA